GGCAUUGCAUGAGAGCCUGCCUGCUUAGCAACAGUCUACUCUACGUAAAAUCUUGUUUCUGCUUGUAAGCUAAAUGCUUGGUAAUGUAGAUGGUUCUCACUCAUUUAAUAGCAAAGUAUCUGGAUAAUGAAACAGCGUAUGUUGUAUGAUAUAGUGUUAAGGUCAUGCAUAGAUAAAUAUGUGAAAGAAUAUUUCCAGUAAAGAACAAUGUUUAGUUGAUUAAAUUAUAUCUAUAUAGCUAUUUUGAGAUUUUCCUGAUUAACCUAGAUUGUAGCAUGGAAAAUGGCUGGCUCUGCCCUAAGAAGACUAAUGGCAGAAUAUAAACAAUUAACAUUGAACCCUCCAGAAGGUAUUAUAGCUGGCCCUAUAAAUGAAGAAAACUUUUUUGAAUGGGAAGCUCUGAUCACAGGUCCUGAUGGAACUUGUUUUGAAGGUGGUGUGUUUCCUGCAAAAUUAGUGUUCCCACCAGACUAUCCCCUAAGCCCACCAAAAAUGCAGUUCACAUGUGAAAUGUUUCAUCCCAACAUCUACGCAGAUGGCAGAGUUUGUAUAUCAAUUUUACAUGCGCCUGGGGAUGAUCCCAUGGGCUACGAGUCAAGUGCUGAAAGAUGGAGUCCUGUUCAGAGUGUGGAAAAAAUUCUGCUCUCUGUGGUCAGCAUGCUAGCUGAGCCAAAUGAUGAAAGCGGGGCCAAUGUUGAUGCAGCGAAAAUGUGGAGAGAAGACAGAGAAGAGUUUAACAGGAUAGCGGAGAAAAUUGUUAGAAAAACCUUAGGCAUUCCCACGUAAUUUAUAUGGCACUGGUUAAUGUAUGUAAUAUCACCAUUUUGUUGUUGUUUAGGUUACGAUUUGAAAGUAUUUUUAUAUAAUAUAUACUUAUGAUAUUGUAUGUGUUUCAGUGAGGAAUUAAUUAAAAGCAGUUGUUUGUUGUUUAUGUC